UUCCCUGGCAGUCUGGGUACUGUGGCAGCUGUUGCUGUGUCUGUCGGGUGUCGGCGUGAGGCGGAGCGGUGCCAGCGGGAGGUAGCUCUGUGGGAGUGGAACGUCCGCAUUUCUCUGCCUGGACCGUAUGCUCCGCGGGCUAGCAGGGUAGAGCUCAAGAUUUGCUUUGAAGUCACGUUGAUAUAAAAUACAGAGUCACCUUUGAUAACUUCGCCUGCAAGAGAGAGAGACUUCUUUCUUGUUAAAAAAAUAAAUAAGGAAAACAAAUGACCAAAGGAAUCAUGCCAAGUGCAAGCUCUACAUCUUUUUGUAUCAUCAAGAUGCAUUUUUUAAUCCAUCAAGACAAAUGGCUUGUGCAUUAAAGAAAAUGAGUUGUUCAUCGAUAUUAUUUUUAACAGUUUCUAAAACUUUUUCAUCUUAACUUUAUAUAACUCUCCUAUAAAAUUUAACACAUAUAAAAAUCUUUAAAGCCUUGUUUAAAAUAGCUUUCUUUUUUAUCUCUUAGAGUGUCAACAUAUAUGCUCCCUAGUUUUACUUGUCAAAGUCCUCAAAAUUUUAUAACAUCGAGAAAGAUAUGGACUUGGAAACUUAUGUUAUUGUAACAGACUACAGUGAAAUUAAGUGGACAGUUCAAGACAUCAUCCAUUUUAUUACAGAACUGUCACAUAAGGGUACAAUUCUUGGCUUUAAUGCAAACAACAUUGCUUGAAAAUGGCAUGGGUAAAAUUCUUACGGAAACCUGGUGGCAAUCUUGGAAAAGCUUAUCAACCAGGGAGUAUGCUAUCCCUAGCCCCUACCAAAGGCUUGUUAAAUGAACCAGGACAAAACAGCUGUUUUCUUAAUAGUGCUGUACAGGUUUUAUGGCAGUUGGAUAUAUUCCGACGAAGCUUGCGGGUUCUGACUGGACAUAUUUGUCAGGGAGAUGCCUGCAUAUUUUGUGCAUUGAAGACAAUAUUUGCACAGUUUCAACACAGUCGAGAAAAAGCACUUCCCUCAGAUAACAUAAGGCAUGCUCUUGCAGAAAGCUUCAAAGAUGAGCAGCGAUUUCAACUUGGCCUUAUGGAUGAUGCUGCUGAGUGCUUUGAAAAUAUAUUGGAGAGGAUUCAUUUUCACAUAGUGCCAAGCAGAGAUGCAGACAUGUGUACCUCUAAAUCUUGUAUCACUCACCAGAAGUUUGCUAUGACUCUGUACGAACAGUGUGUGUGUCGUAGCUGUGGAGCAUCAUCAGAUCCUCUACCUUUUACAGAAUUUGUGCGGUACAUUUCUACAACAGCCUUAUGCAAUGAAGUUGAAAAAAUGAUGGAAAGGCAUGAACGCUUCAAGCCUGAAAUGUUUGCAGAAUUGCUACAAGCAGCAAAUACAACUGAUGACUAUAGGAAAUGUCCUAGUAACUGUGGCCAAAAAAUAAAAAUUCGCCGUGUUUUAAUGAAUUGCCCAGAGAUUGUUACAAUUGGCUUAGUCUGGGAUUCUGAGCAUUCUGACUUGACCGAAGAUGUUGUUCGGAAUCUAGCAACACGUCUUUAUCUUCCUGGGCUUUUUUAUAGGGUUACUGAUGAAAAUGCCAAAAAUAGUGAACUUCACCUUGUUGGUAUGAUCUGCUAUACCAGCCAACAUUACUGUGCCUUUGCUUUUCAUACCAAGAGUUCCAAAUGGGUAUUUUUUGAUGAUGCAAAUGUGAAAGAGGUUGGAACUAGAUGGAAAGAUGUGGUCUCCAAGUGCAUCCGAUGCCACUUCCAGCCACUACUUUUGUUUUAUGCAAACCCAGAUGGCACAGCAGUUUCUACUGAAGAUGCACUCAAGCAGGUUGUCAACUGGUCACAUUACAAAUCUGUUGCAGAAAAUAUGGGAUGUGAAAAGCCCACAAUUUAUAAGACAGAUAAUUUAAAAGAAAAUGGAUUUGGUGAUCAGGCAAAACAGAGAGAAAAUCAGAAGUUUCAAACCGAUAAUAUUUCAUCAUUUAAUCGGAGCCACAUUCAGACAAGUGGAGGGAGGGGACCAGUUAAGUUAAACCACAAUGAUCAAAGGGAAAAGAUAAAAGACAUUUCCAGAGAAUGUGCUCUGAAAGCCAUCGAACAGAAAAACUUACUUUCUUCACAAAGGAAAGAUUUAGAGAAGGGACAAAGAAGAGAUUUAGGCCAACAUAAAGAUGUGAUCAAUGAAGGCCUUACACAUUUCAAGUCUGGAUCACCUCCUGUCCCAAAUGGCUUUAGACAAUAUGGGAAUCCACAUCUAUAUCAUAGUCAAGGAAAAGGACCAUGUAAACAUGACCGAGGUGCCCAUCAGAGUCGAGCUUCUGCACAAAUAAUAAGUUCAAAUAAAUCCCAGAUUCUUGCUCAAGGAGAGAAAAUAACUGGUAAAGUUAAGAGUGACAGUGGCACUGGAUAUGAUACAGACAGCAGCCAAGAUUCUAGGGAUAAAGGAAGCAGCUGUAUUAGCAGCAAUAGAAGCCGGAACCGAGGUUGGAAACCUAUGAGAGAAACAUUAAAUGUUGAUAGUAUUUUUAGUGAAAGUGAAAAAAGACAGCAUAGUCCAAGACAUAAAGCAAAUAUCAGCAACAAACCUAAAUGUAACAAAGAUCAGAGUUUUAAUAAUUGGCCAAAAGAGAAUCCAAAGCAAAAAGGUUUAAUGACCAUAUAUGAAGAUGAAAUGAAGCAGGAAAUAGGAAGCAGAAGUUCCCUUGAAUCUAAUGGAAAAGGAGCAGAGAAAAAUAAAGGCCUCAUAGAGGGUAAAGUUCAUGGGGACAACUGGCAGAUGCAGAGGACAGAAUCUGGAUAUGAAAGUAGUGAUCACAUUAGUAAUGGAUCUGCUAAUUUGGACUCACCUGUUAUUGAUGGGAAUGGUGCAGAACUGGAUAUCAGAGGUGUUAAAGAAGCAGUAUCCUUCAGUGACCAGAUUAAGACAAGCAACCUAAAUAUAGAACAUACGGACUGUACCUUCCAUCAGAGCAAAAACCACUUGGAAGGCUUUAACUUGGAAGCAGGAUAUAAAUCUCAUGAGUUCUACCCAGAAUCACAUCUACAAAUAAAAAAUCAUUUGAUAAGAAGGUCCCAUAUAUGUGAAACCAGUGGAAAGUUAUUUCCUUCGUCCAGCCCACAAAUACUCAAGGAUGAUACUGCAAGAGAACAUAUCCACCAGUCAGAUGAACAGAAACUUGGAAAACCAAGUGAAUGCAAAUGUUCUGAGUGGCUUAAUAUAGAAAAUUCUGAGAGAACAGGUUUGCCUUUUCACACUGAUGAUAAUUCUGCUUCUGGGAAGAGAGUGAACAGUAAUGAAAUAGUCUCACCAUCUUCAUUGUUGUCUUCACAAGUGAGAACUGUUGGGUUAAAGCUAGAAAGUGCUCCCUUCACCCAGCAGCAAAAUAUGAUGGAACAAUGUUAUUCUGAGAAUUCUCUAUCUAGGGAACAUUCAGUUCAGUCAACCUACAGGUCUGAUGGUUGUCAGAUGCCAAAACUCUUUUGCCAGAAUCCACCACCCCCUUUGCCACCAAAGAAAUAUGCUAUAACCAGUGUGCCACAGUCAAAGAAAAAUGAAUCUCCACCUGAUGUCAAACUUAAAGCUAACUCUUCUAUUCUUCCAAAGCACAGUUUAGAACCAAGUUUAGGAGUGAGUACAUAUAUGAAUGAUGAACCACAUAAAGAAACAUUUCAAGCAGAUGAGCAUGUUGGCAAGAUACCAAACUACUCGUUUAGCUCUUCAACUAAUGGUUUUCAGGCAAACUCAGGUGCAGUUAUUGAUGCAUUUUGCCAACCAGAACUAGACUCUAUUUCUGCAUGUCCAAGUGAGACAAUUUCACUAACUACCUAUUUUUCAGUUGAUAGCUGCAUGACUGAUACAUAUAGAUUGAAAUACCAUCAGAGGCCCAAGCUGUGUUUUCCAGAGAACAGUGGCUUUUGUAAUGAUAAUUCACUAUCUCAGAGUGAAAGAGUGUUAGGGCCUGUGUUACAUAAUAGUCUUGGUUCAAGUUGCCCUUCUGAGCAAAGAUAUAAACCUAGCAUACAUUGUAAUAGAUAAAUGAUGAAAUCGGCAAGCUUAUACCUCUCAGAGGCCAUAAAAAUAUUAUAGGAACCUACUGACC